AUGCAUGCAUUUAACAAUAUCUACUAUUUCAAUUACAAGAAUGUUAUUUGCAGAACAGAUCUUUCUUUUUAUUUUAACAAUACAAUUUAUAUUAAUAGCAUCCAAUGCAGACCAAGAUUUUUUAAUUAUUCAGCAGAAGAUCAUCCGAUAAUAGAUAUAAAAUAUAAUAGCUAUGAUGAUGUUAUUUGUAUUGGACAUCAACACUCGACAGACUUUGGCCAUUGGAUGGUAGAAAUCUUUCCGCUUUAUUGGUAUAUACCCAAAGAUGUUUUAAAUCGAAGUAUUAUUGCAGUACCUAGAAUCUCUCAAUUUUUUGUUGAUUGCUUGAAUAUUCUAGAAAUUAAAAAGUCAAGAAUUAUUUAUGGAGAUGACCUUUAUUUCCAUGCCAAAAAUCUACACACCGUUAGAGCUCCUUACUGUGAUUAUAUCUCAUACCAAGGAAUGAUUAAUUUCAGACGAAAUAUAGUGAAGUCUCUUUCACUAGAUAAAAUCCAACCAUUUCGCUUCGUAUUUUUCAAUAGGAAAAAAGGGAUGUCUAGACAUCUUGGAAAUUUUGAUUUGUUGCUAGAAGAAGCCUCACGUAAGUAUCAGAAUAUAUCCUUUGAACAAGGAGUAUUUUAUGAUAGGAUUGUUGACCAGAUAAAGUAUUUUAAUGAGAUGAAAUUAUUACUGGCUGUUCAUGGGGCCCUUAUGGCCAAUUUAGUAUUUAUGCAGCCUGAUACAUAUGUUAUUGAAAUCCAGAUGGAAAAGGGACAGUUCUGUUUCUUGAGAACCGCCAUUUUUACUGGUAAAAAGAUUACUGUUGUUCGAGAUCAAUCAAUAUCAUAUAGAGCUGUUCGAGAUAAUGUGUUGAAUUUAAGUAUUAUCAUGCCUGCUGUUGACUCAGUAAUGAAGAAUGUAUAUGGCUCAAAUACAUUUAAGAGGCUCUAUGUUGAUGACUAA